UCAGUGAAACCUGCGGGAGUCUCAAAGCUUUCUGCAGCUGUAACCUUGAAUAACUCUCUCUCUUGGGGAAGACAAGAUAACUCUUUAUUGUUAUUGCACAGUCAUACGUGGCUCAAUAGUACAAUGAAAUUGGAAAAACUGAAACUGGGACUAGUAUCUUGUGUGGAACUAAAGCUGUAUUUUAACACCUUUAAUUAAAUUCUCUGUCACAGUUUGGUUUAGACAAAAACCCCAAACAAAUUCUGAUAGGACACCAGAUGUUUGAGGUACCACGAUAACUGGCUAAUGAUCAAAGCCAGUCAUUGUGUACAAUGAUACAUUAUUUCAUAAGCAUAAAGGGCACUUUAAACAAUGACAGGUGAUAUAAGAGAAUUAUAACUGCUUAAAAACAAUCAAAAGAAUAAUCGUACCCACACUGGCAGCUCAUCCAGUUUCACACGUUUGCAGCAACAAAUGGAGAAUCUUUUAAAAGAAACUCUGUUACAGCAAAAUACACAAGACUUCACUUGUGACGUCAGAUUUUAUAGAUUUUAAAAUGUUUUCACAAAUUUAGCAAAACAAAGAUAAACAACAAAAACAACAACAAAAAACUCCAAAAAAACCAAAUAAUCCCCCAAAAACAAAUCCUAACCUUCUCCCCAUCGACAGAUUUUUGGUAAUCUUUUGGGUAUCAAGAGGGUAACAGAAGCUGAGGUUGUUAACAGGAUUCUUUCUUUUGACUUUAUUAUACAUCUUUACUGUCAGUUGUUUCCUAGACCAUGUGGUCCCUAACAUGGUCACAACAUGUUAGCCAUUUAGAUGGAGGCCUGUUAAUUAUUUUUAGUCCUGUGUGGACAUCACAAACUAAUACAGAUCCAAAUAUCCUUCUUGAUCCUGGGACCCAAUUCCUUUGGUGGAAGGUUGAAACUUCCGGCCUUGGAAGAGUUACACAGACUCUCAGACUGUUCUUCAUAUUUAAUUAUUUUGGGAUUUAUUGUCUUGUUGCGUUUCUGGUUUCAGGAAUUUUAAUUAGUUUGCACCAUGUUACUUCAUCUUCAUUUCUAAAGGGCAAAUCAUCCAAAUUAGCAAACUAAAAAUGGGGUGACUGGAGCUCAGGUGGUAGAGCAGGUCACCUACUAACUGGAAGGUGUUUCAAUCCCAGUCUGCUCCAGUCUGCAUGCCAAAUAUCCUUGGGCAAGAUAUUAACCCCGUGUUGCUCUCCGAUGCAUGGAUGGGAGUAUGAAUGUGUGUGAAUGUUAGACAGUAAGCGCUUAGAAACAGCUACGAACAAAGUGCUUGUGUGAAUGUAUAAGUUGUGUAAAGCACUCUGAGUGCUCAAACAGAGUAGAAAAGUGCUAUAUAAGAACCAGUCCAUUCACCAUAAAAAUGGCUUUUCCCUCUCAAACCGCUGCUGAUUGAUAUAUUUCCAUCCAGCUUUGACAAAGAAAGCCUCUGUGGCUUCAGGAGUUCAUUGUUUGGCUCGAAAUAAAAAACGUUUCUGCCAUAAAAUCUUAAAGGCAAAACCUCAGUGUGUCCAUACUUGAUUUGUCUACGGUCAGUUCAGUAAAGGUUAUUCAAACACCACAGCAGUGUGUUCAGUGUUAACAGAAAAUGGGAAGAGAACAACCACGUUGCUCUACUUCUGCCUUUCCUGCUGAAUUUCUAGAGCUGUUGCACAUUAUAUUGUUUUAUAAAUAUGUCGACAUUUUUACAAGAAAGUUUUGUUGUUUUCUAAAAAUAGAUACAGAUCAAACAGCGUAUUUUGUUGGUAGUGUUAAAAGGGCUCUCAGGUCCGUGUGAACACAGUGAUCCAGUGAGCAGGGAACAGCAGUGUAUUGAGAGCACGUUGAUGCUGGUGCAGUGGAUUUGUAGCACAUUAAGCAGGACAUGAUGUCAGCGUGGUGCCUGGUGCUCGCUGUCUCCCGCUCUGAGCCUUGACGUUAAAGCUGAUUAUCCACAGAGACAGGCAGCAGAGCAGCGCCGCCUCCAUGUGUGAACAGCAACAUAAGCUGAUCAGAGGUGCCGUCUCGCUGACCGGACUCUACCUGGUGUACGGAUAUGGUGCCUCCCUCCUCUGCAACCUGAUUGGUUUUGUUUAUCCAGCUUAUUAUUCAGUCAAAGCCAUCGAAAGCCCGUGCAAAGAAGAUGACACAAAAUGGUUGACCUACUGGGUGGUGUACGGUGUCUUCAGUCUGGGCGAGUUCUUCUCUGAUAUUUUCCUCUACUGGUUCCCAUUUUACUACGCUUUUAAGUGUCUCUUCUUACUAUGGUGCAUGGCACCAAUGUCCUGGAAUGGCUCACAGAUUAUCUACAACAAAGUGGUUCGGCCUGUCUUCCUUCGCCAUGAGGCCACAGUGGACAACAUGGUCAGCGACCUCGGUGGGAAGGCCAUGAGUGCUGCCGAGAACCUCACCAGAGAAGUCCUGACCACUCUGGUGAAGAAUAAAGCCAUGAUCAUACCAUCGCCACCUGUUGCUCAGUCUGAAGCUAAAAGUUUACCAAGUACAUCAGGAGAAACAUCCACAGCUAAAGUUGGUCCAUCAGAGAUGAACGAAGAAAGAAGAGAUGAACUCAGUGUAGACUGAUGUUCUUUAGAUAGCAGCAGAGGAAGAGGAGGAGCCUUGGUGAGGAAGAAAAGGAGGGAAAGAGGGUUUUUCCUCAUCAUCCUGACAGAUUUCAACAGGAUUGUUACCUCUGUCAAAGAGACUGAUUUCCUUUUUUUAAAAAUCAUGUUGUAGUUGUGCAGCAGGACAUUGUGAAAAGAUCUUUUUACUUCUUUGUUUCAAGAUUUCUGGGGACAAUUCUUUUCUUCUUCUUUUUUUUAAGUUAUUAAAUCUUUUCUAUGCAAACCUCCUGAAUCUGGAUUAUAAAUAACUCACAGAAGCUGUAUUGUUGCCCUGGAUUUUACUUGUUUCUACUGUCCUGAUUCAGAUAGAAGACCCAGAAUCUAAAUGUCUGCUAAAGUAAAUCAAGCUCACAUCCACACUUCAUAAGAAUAAGUCAAAAGUUCACCUUACAUUUAAAGAUUCUUUAUGAAAUAAAAUUAAGUGUUGGUUUUGUUAUAGGCUGGUCUGACCUAAGUUUGUGGGGAUUCUACUUUUGCAGCAUAACUAUGGGACUGCUAGCUGGCUGGACUGUUUAGCUGAGUCUGUCAAAGUCUUUGCAGAUGUGAUCAUUUAUUUUCAGACCCGGGCAGCUAAAGACUUUUUCCAUCAUCUGCACUUAAAUUUUUCCAAAUACUUGAAUGAACUGGCUUCAGCAGAAAUGAUUUCUGUUUUGUCUUAUUUGCAGGAUCUACUGUUUAGCACAACGCUUGCCGCACUGCUUUUUUUGGUGCCCAAGGAUUCCAAUUAUUUCUCUUCGUGACUCGCUCUGCCCUCUGACUAGUUUGACUUUAUAUAUUUAUUUAUUUUUUUACUAGUUUGACUUUAGAUGAGUAGCUUCUUUAUUCUUCUCAUAGAAUAAAUGACAAUUUUUUUGUGUUGCCAGGGAGAUCUGUUAUUUAGGUGUAUCAUGAGCAUAACAAGGCAAAAAUGGACAGUACUCUAGUGAUCAGAAGGUCAUAGUCACAUUCUUUGGGUGCAAAGAAAUACGUCAUGUGUUCCUGGAUAAUACUGUAUAAUCACAGUAAACAGGUGUACUAGAGUAGUAGACCUGUUCCUAUUUGAGAUGAAUGAGAUAAAUGAAUGCUUUUGUGCUAUUGUGAGCUAAGCAGAGUCAUGGAGCUGGAAAUGAGAUCCACUUUACAUGAGAACUGUGCAGAAUAAUUCAAUUUUCACUCUUCAGCUAAACAGCUUCUUUAAUGUGUUCACAUGUUUGCACAUUGUUGUGAUAGACUGUGACAUGCUUACCUGAUGGAGUUUGCACUUGACCUUUUUUUUUUAUCAUUUGUUAUGUAAGUAGUUGCACACUUGACUUUGUAACAGCAGCAGUUGGCUCUGUACUUGGCUUUGCAUGUUUCUCCUGUUCGUACAGUAAAAUCUAACCUCACUGUGUCACACA